AGGAGGGAUGCGAUAGAAAAAAAAUGUUUCCUUGUCCGUGUGUUUUGUGGGACAGUGCAUUACCGAGUUUCAGUUAUUAAAUUGUAAUCUGUAAAUACAGCAUUACAUACAGUACGUUUUGUUUUACUUAUGUGUAAUUUUCGAAAGUUUUAACUUUGUACAUACUAACCAAAUCUAGUGUCAAGUGUGUUGGAUUUUUUUGUUUGAUCGGGGGUUUAGCUGGUAGCUAGCGCUGAUUAGCUGCAGCAGGCUCAGUCGGGAGGCUAUGACUACAGAAUUACUGUCCGAUUUAGACAGCCGUUUCUUCGCCGAUAACCUUCUCACUAGCGAAGACUGGGAUGCCUGUCUGUACCAGUGUGAGAGCAUGGAGGAGGGAGAGGAUGCGGAGUACACCAGAGGGAUGAAAUACAAUACCAUGUUUGAUAACGAUCUCAUCCUUACACUUGAUCCUGACAACCCUACGUCGCCAUGGAAACACCUUAACGAUAACCUUCUAACAGGGGACAGCCCUGUUUUAAAAGAUGAUGCAACCAUUACGCAGCCCUUGCCUGUGGAUAUGUUGUUUCAGGUGAAGGCCGAGCCCCUCUCUCCAGCGUCCUCUUUGGGGUCUGACUGCUCUCUGACGUCCACCCCGGAUUCCCAGGUGACGGUGAAAGGGGAGAACCCACCGACUCCCCCCUACAUGUUCGGGGAUGUCCUGUCGCCCCCAGUAGGGACGUUACAGGUGACGGUGACCCCGUCUGUACAGCCACAGUCCCAGCCGGCCCACAUUGCCACGCACAACAGCACUGACCCACAAGUGCAGGCCCCAGCAGGUCCGGUGGGUCCAGCAGUGCCCUCGGCCACGGCCCUCAAAGCCAACAGCAUCCUGAGCAGCAAGCCGCCCAUCCAGCCCCGGCCCUUGUGUGUGGCUGCCUUGCCUGUCCCGCAGAGCCCCAGUCCCGCCAAGGCGCUCAUCCUCCAGGGCCUGCCUGGCAUGGACCAGAACCGUCCUGUUGUGCUCUCGCAGUCAGUCUGCCUUGGCUCGACCCCAGCCAUCGUCAAGGUGGAGCCUGUGUCUCCCAGCAUUCCCCACUGCGCUGGGCCGCCUGCCACCCCCACUGCCAAGCCCAUCAUUCCUGCCACGUCUCUGCCAGGGAACAGUGGCAACGACAUCGACAUGAAGGUGCUGAAGAGGCAGCAACGCAUGAUUAAGAACCGGGAAUCCGCAUGUCAGUCACGCAAGAAGAAGAAGGAGUACCUGCAAAGCCUAGAGGCCCAGCUGAAGGAGGCGCAGCGGGAGAAUGAGAGGCUCCGCAGGGAGAACCAGGCGCUGCGGGAGCGGCUGGCUGGGAAGGAGGGUGGAGAAUCGGGUGGCAACAAGAGAGCCGUGUGCGUCAUGGUGGUGCUGCUCUUCAUCACCUUCAGCUUCAGGCCCAUAAGCAUCACAGACAGGAAGUUAGAGUCUGGGUUACAGGAAGAAGCAGCCCCUCUGACAGGGAGACACCUACUGGAAAUCGGGCCAGCCGAGGAGAGCGGCAGGAUACGCGAGAGCGAGAGGACACCGGUGGAGAGGAUCGAGAGUGAGGAGGAGGGCGAGGAAAGAUGGAGGAGGGGCGAGAUGGAGAGGGAGUCUGCAGACUCCUACCAGCUAAGAAACCUAAGUGGAGUCUUCAGCGACAUGAAGGACCUGGUUUUACCAGACCUUGACCGUUACUUCACCGCCUCAGACUGCCGGCAGUUUAACCGCUCCGAGUCCCUCCGGCUGGCGGACGAGCUGCGGGGCUGGGCCCACAGGCAUCAGAUAGACCGGAAGAAGUCUGGAAGAAAGCCGAAGAUAGUGAAGAAGGCCAGGGUGGCUCAGAAAUCCCAGCAGAGGAAGAUGAAUUUCUCCAGAUACCUUCCCAUCCAGACACACAGCUCGAUGGAGAGUCAGUUGCAAGUGUUUCCAGGACCAGAGGUCACCUACAGCGACUUCCUGGAUGCCAUUGACCGGCGUGAAGACACAUUCUACGUGGUCUCCUUCCGGCGGGACCACUUACUGCUGCCGGCCAUCAGCCACAACAAAACCACGCGGCCCAAGAUGUCCCUGGUGAUGCCGGCCAUGUCCGUUAAUGAGAGCAUGUACGAGUCCUCCCAGGGCUACGAGAUGAUGAUGCAGGUCGACUGCGAGGUCAUGGAUACCCGCAUCAUCCCCAUCAAGGCCUCCGCUGUGCCCCCGUCCCUGCGGGACCCCCCACCACCUCCCCCCUCCCAUCACCACACCAGCAACCACACCUCCUUCCGUAGCCGUCACUCCCACGGCUCCGGGCAGGCAGCAGCGACUGCUGGCAGAAGGGAAGCGGACUAUUUCAUCAGCCAGGAGGGAGGUGUUUGAGAGUAACGGAGGCGAGGCAGGCGUCCCGGAGGGAGGGAGGGGGGGGGCAGGGUGCAGGGAGGGGCAGGGACACUGAAGGGGGAAUGUUUUGAACAGGUUGGGCGUGUGCAGUAGAUGUGGGAUGGGGGGUAAUUAUUAUAAGAACUAUGUAAGACACAGCGUUCUAGCACUGUAUUCCAGCGAUGGAGGAGUACCUUUCAGGAUACUGUGUGCUACCUAUGGAGUGUCCUGAACAUCAUUCUGUGUAUAUAAUUUUUGUUUGUUUGUUUGUUUGUAUCGCCAGUGCGCGUGUGAGGCAGCUAAAUGGCUUAUCUGUGUAAAUCGAAACCCCCAGCGAUCGUUCCCCUAGACACGUCUGCGCCCUCUCUGGCCUAAAACGCCCCUCUGCCGGUCCGGGAGUGACAGCCAAGCAGGCGUGGCUGUUACUCGCUCCGUGCUGUUCAACCGCAGAAUGAAAUGGAAGCAGCCUACGGUCCAUUGCACUUAAGGACAUUAAAGUAAAGAGUGCAGAGGAGGGGGCUGAAUGUGGUUCUCAUAAAAGCGAGUUCUGUAAAGUCUUGUUUGUACAUUUUGUCGGGCGUUUUUCUUAGUUUGGUCGUGACCCAAACCCUGUGCAAUUCUGCUUGUUGAUUGUGAAGUCCUGCUCACCUUUUCACUUCCCACAGUUGUGCAACUGCUGUGAUACCGGUUAUACAAUGAAGGGUAAAAGCCUUAUUUAAAGAGAGUCCCUGCUGUAAAUAUCACGGUAAUGUUCAUAUUUCUGCUUGUUUGUGUGUUUGUCCUUGAAGAAGGAAAAAAACAAACAAAAAAAAAUUUCUCUGUUAAUCUGCCCGUCAGUUCGCAGGGACGUGCUUCUGGUGAAUGAGGAAAGACUGCAGGGGAAAUGGGCAGGUGGGAUCUGUUGCAAUCCUGUCUGGACAGUUGGGGGCGUUGUGUGAACCCACAGAAGUGUUUUUCCACUGGCCCCAUAAACGGCUAAUUCCCUAGAAUGGCAAAUCCUUGUAAAUAGUAACGCUGAUUAUUUUUAUUUGUUUUCUCUCACUUUCUUGUGUUGCCAGUCAGAUACACGAUGCAUUUAAAACUUUUUUUUGUUCUGGAACUUGAUUUUAAUAGAAAAGAGGCAUUUUUUAAUUGGUGUGCGGGAGGCAUGGACAAAUUCAGCCGCAACCUAAGAAUAAUUAUAGUGUUGCAGCCUGAUCAUAAUUCUGGUGCUUUUAUGUUAAUGGGAUUAAAAUGUUCCAAUAAGUCACCAUUUUUAAGGAUAUUCUCUUAAAAUGUUUUAUAAAAAGUCAUGCAGCCUAAAUUGGGUAUGAGAAUUGAUUUUUAUCUUACUGUUAUAUAUAUAAUAUAAUAUAAAGUUUGUGUUGAAAGGGUCUCUUAAAGUCUCUUGCCUUGAUACAUUCGGACAAUUCUGGCUCUUAUUUGAAGCACUUGUGCCACAACUGACUGACAGACCAUUUUUAUGUUGGAAACACACGGUGAUGGGGGAACAGCUAGUAAACUCCGAAUGCUGCAGAUUUAUGCUGGGAUUUAUGGACCUGCACAUUCCUCCCCACCCCAGUUCCCUCACAUGCGUACCUUCACACCGGCAAACUGGGACACGGGUCAGAAUAACAGCGAUAAAAAUUCCUGAUGUUACAGCACUAAUGACCCUGAACAGACACCCUGGCUUCAUGACCCUAUGGUCAGUCUCCUCAGAAACGCACAUCCAACACAAUAUAUGACAUUUCCGUUGUUAUAAAUCACGUGAUUAUUGGGGUUGCAAUGUAAAUAUCUUGUAUUUAAUUGUUAAAUUUAAUUUUCUUAAAAAUGUCUUUUUUUUUUUAAAAAAAAAAGUCAUCUUUCCCAUAGGUGUCUGUGGUAUUUUGAAUUUCCACCCUCUUGUUUGUAGACCAGACCAAUUUACUAAUAAAAAGACGAUUAGAGGAAAA